CAGUUCCGAGCAGAGCUCUCCCCGAGGAGGGGCGUGGACUGAGGGAGGUUUUAAAGAGCGUCUCAUCAGAAUUCAGAGGACACCGCCGCGUGUCCCCCGAGAACCCGAGUUUGCUGCGCGCCUUCAUUCAUCCGGGGAGACAAUCUUUUCUCUUCCCAGCAGGUGUUAUCUGAAGCCUGUUUGGAACUUUGGGGAGUUUAGGUUACUAUUAUAACUUUAACAAAUGAUUUUCGAUGAAGCGAUGUCUCGAAUGAACUAGGCUUCGGACCAGACCUGCACCCAACUGAGGGCUGGCAGAGGAGGGAUGGGCUGGGGGUGAGGAGCGCGGUGGUGAGAAGUCCCCUCUUAUCCCCCGCCCUCUGCAGAUCGCUGCUGUUUUGCCCGUGGGGGUAGGAUGUGGUGAAAGGAUGGGGCUUCUCCCUCCCGGGGCUCACAAUGGCCAGAGAAGAUUCUGUGAAGUGUUUGCGCUGCCUGCUCUACGCGCUCAAUCUGCUCUUUUGGAUCUUAGCUGUCUGGAGAAGUCCCCUUGACCCCAUGGAAUAGUUGAUGUCCAUCAGCGUGUUGGCAGUUUCCGCUUGGAUGAGGGACUACCUAAAUAAUGUUCUGACUUUAACUGCAGAAACAAGGGUAGAGGAGGCUGUCAUCUUGACUUAUUUUCCUGUGGUUCAUCCGGUCAUGAUUGCUGUUUGCUGUUUCCUGAUCAUCGUGGGGAUGUUAGGAUACUGUGGAACAGUAAAAAGAAAUCUCUUACUUCUUGCAUGGUAUUUUGGAAGUUUACUUGUCAUUUUCUGUGUAGAACUGGCUUGUGGUGUUUGGACAUAUGAGCAGGAAAUUAUGGUUCCAGUACAGUGGUCAGACAUGGUCACUUUGAAAGCCAGAAUGACAAAUUAUGGCUUACCGAGAUACCGGUGGCUUACUCAUGCUUGGAAUUUUUUUCAGAGAGAGUUCAAGUGCUGUGGAGUUGUCUAUUUCACCGACUGGCUGGAAAUGACAGAAAUGGACUGGCCCCCAGAUUCCUGUUGUGUUAAGGAAUUCCCAGGAUGUUCCAAACAGGCCCACCAGGAAGAUCUCAGUGACCUUUAUCAAGAGGGUUGUGGGAAGAAGAUGUAUUCUUUUUUGAGAGGAACCAAACAACUGCAGGUGCUCAGGUUCCUGGGGAUCUCCAUUGGGGUGACACAGAUCCUGGCCAUGAUUCUCACCAUUACUCUGCUCUGGGCUCUCUACUAUGAUAGAAGGGAGCCUGGGACAGACCAAAUGACGGCCCUGAAGAAUGACACCACUCAGCACCUGCCUUGUCACUCAGUGGAACUGUUGAAACCAAGCCUGUCAAGGAUCUUUGAACACACAUCCAUGGCAAACAGCUUUAACACACACUUUGAGAUGGAGGAAUUAUAGAGACUGUCAAAGAAGGAAACCACAAAUUUAUUUUAUUGGACUUGUGAAUUUUUUGAGCACACACUUAACCGUUUCAGAAAUGUGUUGAAAUAAAAAUGUUGCCAUAAAAGGAUACCCAAGCACAUAAUGUUCCAGCCUUUAAAAGAAAGUGGGAAAAGUAUAUAUAUUAUAAGGCAUCACCUGGACAAUAGUUGAUGCCCUUUAUAAUGCUGAGGACUGAUCUAAUACCCACUUUAUGCCUGUGUAAGAUUUUUACUGGACACAGUUAUGCUUUGAGAUUUAUGCUUUGGCAUAGUUUGAUCAGCAUUUCUACAUCCAUGUAAACGAGCCAUGCUGUUGUGGGAUUGGAGCUACAGUAAAUUUGAUUCACUUCCAUAAGCUUGCUAGUAUAUAAAGUUCCAAAUAACUGCUAACAUAGGAAGUUAGACAGUACUAAUGACUUUUAUUACUUGGUGAUAUAUUCUUUUGAGGGUAAAUAGACUAUACAUAAGUACACUCUGAAGAUUGGUGACUACCUAAACAUGAUUUUUGCUGGUUAAUAAAAAUAUUCUUACUACUUACAAGAGCAAACUUAAACAUUGUCUUAAACUGAUCAGGGAUAUAUGUGUAUAUGAGUCUGUGUUAAGUCUGUAUAAUUCAGUAGAUUUCAGUUCUUAUAACAUUAAGCAUAAUAAUUGUGAAAUGGAUACAUUCGUCCUGUAUAGAAGCAUUGUUUUUAACCUUUCCUGUUAAUAGAGCUUUAAAAUUCUGUCUUGGGUUUAUAUUACAUGCAUAACUGUUAAUUUAAAUACUUAACCACUAAUUUUGAAAAAUGACUAGUGUGAUACAAAGGAAUCAUUAUAAUUCAGAAUGUAGUCUGGUCUCUAGGAAGUAUUAACAAAAAAGUUUACAUAUAACUUAGUUCAUUCAGCAAAGACCUGGAUAUUAUCUUUCUGCCAAACUGAGACUCUUUUUGACACUAAACACUUUGUAAAGGAACUUAUCUUUGCUUUCUCCAAACAAGAAGUGGCAGUCUUCAAGUCUCAAUAUAAUUCUACAGAGAAUAGUUUUCCUUUUCCCCAGCAAAAAGUUGAAUCAUAAAAAUAAGUGACAAUUUAGCUAGAGAUUUUCUUUGCCUUAUUUCACUGAUUAAGAUACUAUGGUGAAUUACACAGAUUAUUAAAUUUUUUAUAAGAGUAAACUAUAUUUAUUUGAAAUGGGAAAAGUGCAUUUUACUGUAUUUUGUGUAUUAUGUUUAUUUCUCAGAAAAUGGAAAGAAAAUUAAAACGUGUCAAUAAAUAUUUUCUAGAGAGUAAAAA